AAUCCACUAUACACUGUGUAAGACCAUUGUAGUGUGUAAAGUCUUCCUGGUAUAGCUUGAGGAAGGGACUGUUCCCCUGAGGUUCUACUUUACUCGGGUGGAAACUGCAUAGGAGAGAGUGAACUUUCCAAUGUCCUUGGUUUUGUCAUACAUCUGAAAGCUGUCUCUGUUGCAGAAGGAGCUUGGGCAGAAGGAUCGCCUUCUUCAGCAGCACCAGGCCAGGUUGGAAGAGGCACUCCGGAAACUCUCUGAUGCCAGUUACCAGCAGGUGGAUGUGGAAUGGGAACUAGAACACAAAGAUGUCCUUUUGGCUCACUGUAUGAACAGAGAGGCAGAUGAGGUGACCAAUUACAACAGUCACAACUCUCAAAGCAAUGGUUUUCUCCUUCCAACGGCAGGAAAAGGAGCUUCUUCAAUCACCCACAGAGGGACUAGUGACCUGCAGCUUGUUCGAGAUGCUCUCCGCAGCCUGCGCAACAGCUUCAGUGGCCAUGAUCCUCAGCACCACACCAUUGACAGCUUGGAGCAGGGCAUCUCUAGCCUCAUGGAGCGCCUGCAUGUCCUGGAAGCACAGAAGAAACAAGAAAGAAAGGUAAACUCUUGUUACGGUGUGUCUCUUAGGCAGGCUCCUGAGGAAGCUUGGUUUUUUUGGAUUUUAAUUUAGAUGAAAACCCUGCUGAAGGUUAUAAUUGCUUUCCUCUUCAGUUUUCCUCUCAGUGGUGCUGCCUAUUCAUCAUGGAAGACAGUCCAGGGAAGGAGUGCAUAACUCUUGCUCCCAGCAAAUGUGUAACUGUCUAAGUAAUUGUAGUUCUUGAUC